GAGUUCCAUCUGGAGCUGUGAGUGGUUUCCUGCUGACAGAUGUCACCCAGGUCCAGCGCGUCCAGGGACGGCUCAGCCAGACAGAUCUGCGUGUUUUAGAGCCAGUGUGUGGUGAAUGGUGAGGGAUCAGAGUGUGAUCGGAGCGUCUCCAUGCAGCGCUGCUUGGCGGAGCAGCUGAUGCUGCGGCCAGCCGCGGCUCUGUAGGUCUGCUGCGCGGCUGUGCGCCCUCACCGACCCAUGGAGCCACCAGAGGAACCGGGCUUAACCCAGCCGGGUCCCCCACCUUUCUCCUCCUCAGACGCCCCGCAGCAGGAGGAGCCUGCAACGAUGAGGAGGAAUGAUCAUUACCUACCAGUUCCUGGGGAGGAGAAGCCCCUGGACGGACACUUGGCCAACGACAAACCCAGGAGCAACGAGUCUAUUCCUUUGAAAAAGCUCAAUGCCGAAGAUGGUCCAUCACAACUCGGCCCUUACUUCUCGGACGGGCGGCGUCGCGUGGACUACGUCCUGACGUACAGCAUCCAAAAGCCCAGCAGCGUCCGGCGACGCUCAUCCAAGUUCGGGGACAAAACCCUGUUCCGGCGCCUUCGCCGGAGCCUCAGCAUGAGGAGCAGCCGGGCUCCCCUGCAGCCCAAGGAGGAUCCCGAGAUCGCUGCCCAGGAGCAGCGCACCGACUACCACGAGGACGACAAGCGCUUCAAGCGGGAGGAGUUUGAGCAGAACCUCUGUGAAAUGGGUCUGGAGCUGGAAAAGGAUGAAGAGUGCAAAAUUCCUGGAAUUGGCUUUUUGAAAAUCCAUGCACCUUGGAACGUUUUGUGUCGAGAGGCCGAGUUCAUGAAGCUCAAGAUGCCGACAAAGAAGGUUUAUGAUGUAAAACAAGGCGGCAACUUGGUGGAGAAGAUCAGGCUUUUCAUCCACAAAGUCACAACUCCUCUCCGCCCGAAGGUCGAUGCCAACCGGCCACAAAGUGUCAAGUCUCUCUGUCAUCCCUUUUCUAGAGAGAAAGACCAUCUAUUCGAUAUGUCUGACAGGGACAAGUUCUUUGACAGCAAGACCAGGAGCUCAAUAGUUUAUGAGGUGCUGAAGAGGACACGAUGCACGAGAGCCAAAUAUUCUAUGGGGAUCACCAGUCUGCUAGCCAAUGCUGUCUACACGUCGGCUUAUCCUCUGCAUGAUGGAGAUAUCGAGGGAGUGAACGCAGUACCCAACGACAGGAAGCUGCUGUACGAGGAGUGGGCCAGCUACAGCUGCUUCUACAAGUACCAGCCCAUCGGACUCAUCAGGAAGUACUUUGGGGAGAAGGUGGGCCUGUAUUUCGCCUGGUUGGGGGUCUACACACAGAUGCUCAUCCCCGCUGCCAUUGUCGGAGUGAUCGUGUUCCUCUAUGGCUGUGCCACUGUUGACGACAACAUACCCAGCAUGGAGAUCUGUGAUCCCAGGAACAACAUCACCAUGUGUCCUCUGUGCGACCGCGCCUGCAGCUACUGGAAGCUGGUGACGGCGUGCGGCACGGCUCGAGCCAGCCACCUGUUUGACAACCCAGCAACAGUCUUUUUCUCCAUUUUCAUGGCCCUCUGGGCCGUUCUCUUCAUGGAGCACUGGAAGAGGCGACAGAUGAGGCUCAACUACAUCUGGGACCUGACAGGUUUUGGCGAGGAGGAGGAGGACCACAAUCGAGCAGAGUACGAGUUCUGCGUCAUGCAGAAGAGCAUGAGACAGGAUCAGUCGGCCCCGAAGGAGGAGAAGGUGAAGCUCACCUGCACAGACAGAAUGCCAGCUUACAUGACCACCGUGGUCAUGAUGGGAUUCAUGAUAGCCCUGACCUUUGCCAUGGUGUUCGGGGUCAUCCUGUACCGGAUCAGCGUCAAGGCGGCGCUGCACUUCAGCAACUACCCCGCCGCCCGCUCCAACAUCCGGGCCACGGUCAAAGGCACCGCCGCCGUCAUCAACGUCAUCAUCAUCAUCAUCCUGGACGAGAUCUACGGAGCCAUCGCGCGCUGGCUCACCACGCUGGAGGUUCCAAAGACGGAUAAGAGUUUUGAAGAGCGCCUCAUCUUCAAAACCUUCGUGCUGAAGUUUGUGAACGCCUUCACGCCCAUCGUGUACCUGGCCUUCUUCAGGGGCAGACUUGUUGGAAGACCUGGAAAAUACCUGUAUGUGGUUGGAACUUACAGAAUGGAGGAGUGUGCCCAUGCAGGCUGCCUCAUGGAGCUGUGCAUCCAGCUGUGCAUCACCAUGCUCGGCAAGCAGCUCAUCCAGAACAACCUGUUUGAAAUCGGCAUACCGAAGCUGAAAAAGCUGCUCCGGAAGAGGAAGUCAGACUUGUCAGACAAAGAACAAGAGAAGCUCAGCGAGUCUCUCCGGCGUUUUGAGAAGGACCAGAUCCUGGGUCCCUUCGCCGGCAUCAACCCUGAAUACAUGGAGAUGAUCAUCCAGUUUGGGAUGGUGACUCUGUUCGUGGCCUCCUUCCCUCUGGCCCCGCUCUUCGCCCUCCUGAAUAACAUCAUUGAAAUUCGCCUGGAUGCUAAGAAGUUUGUCAUGGAGCUGCGCAGGCCCAUUGCAGCCAAGGCCAAAGACAUCGGUAUCUGGUACAACCUCCUGAGGGGCCUCAGCAAAGUAGCAGUCAUUGUUAAUGCUUUUGUCAUCGCCUUCACCUCCGACUUCAUCCCUCGGCUGGUCUACCAGUACACAUACAGUCCUGACGGAACCUUGCACGGCUUUGUGGAUCACACCCUGGCGUAUUUCAAUGUCAGUGACUUUGAGCAAGGCACAGACCCUCUCCAGCCAGACCACCUGGGCUACAAUGUAGAUGUCUGCAGAUAUAAGGACUACCGGGAGCCUCCCUGGUCCAGUACACCGUACGAGUUGUCCAAGGAGUUCUGGGCCAUUUUGGCGGUCCGCCUCGGCUUCGUCAUCGUCUUUCAGAAUGUGGUGAUGCUGAUGAGCGACUUUGUGGACUGGCUGAUCCCCGACAUCCCCAAGGACAUCAGCCUCCAGAUCCACAAGGAGAAGAUCCUGAUGGUGGAGAUGUUCAUGAAGGAGGAGCAGGGGAAGAGGCAGGCGGCGCGGGACAACCACCACCAGGAUCAUUUCAGCAGCCCGUCCCCGCUAAGCCAGAGCCCCCAGCAGCCCCGCUCACGGCCCGCUAGCCACGGCAAGGCCGGCUGGUAAACCCCUGAACAUUCCUCCCCCACACCCGACCAAUCUGCAGACAUCAGUUCAGACUCACUUUACUUCCCCCAAAUGAAAGCAUAAAGAGGUUGGUAUCAGAAAUCCUUCACCAGUAAGGGCUUGUUCCUCCCGCUCCUUAACCAUGAGCCAUAUUUCCACCCCCGACGUGGGCAGUGCUCUGCCGUAGAACUCUGAUCUCUCUCCCUCAGUGCUUGGAUGUGCCCAACAGGAAAAAGCCAUCAGCUUCACCGAAGCAGUGCCAAAGUCCGUCUGCAGCCCGACGAGAUCAAAGUUUAAAGCAGGAUUUCUAGCUGCCGCUUCUCCCAGGAACCCUGAUUAGCAGCUUUGCCUCCGAUUCCGUCCAAAUGGUCCUCUGGGAAGAGCUCACCCGUCACCGGACAGCGGCACAAAAGGACAUGUCCUGAAUUCAUGCAGAAAGCUUAGCUAGGGUGAUUUUAGUUUAUUUCCCUUUGCACAGUUAUGAACAAAUCCAGGAAUUUGAUAAUAAUUAGUUUUAAUAUAUGCAAAUAUGCAUCUUAUAUUAUUUUUAUUUGUAUUUUUUGGAUAAAGGGCAGGUUUUGGACGAGCGUUUGUGUCGAACGUGAACAGUGCACUGUUCUCUGUGGCGUUUAGGACACCCUGGGUACGAGGGGACGGCUGGACGGAGCUCAGCUGGACAUGUCUGCAAGCACAAGCUGGAAGUUCCAAGUAGAAACACAAAUGUCACGUCCAGCUUGCUAAUGCGAUGUGUUACUUGUGUUUUACACAGAUACUUCCACUGUCUGGUGGACCUUCAUUGAAAUCUAGGCUACUAUUGAAAUGCUGAGCUCGGCAAUUCAAUGGUUUUAAAGCAGAAGAAAUUAACGUUUUUGGUCAGAGUCACUUUUUUGACACUGUCCAGGAUGUCCAGGAUGUCCAGGAGUCGGAGUUCCUUCAAUCUUCAGGUGGAGAGAAACCAACAAUUCCCAAAGUCCUUCCAACGAAAUUGAAACUGAAAUUCUAACGUGAAAAAUGCUCAUUUGUGCUGCUUUAAAGUCUUACAAAACUUCAUCAAAGGUACAAUUACUUUCAUUUUGGUGCAGAAGAAGACUGUUGUUAAUAAACUACCAGGAACAUCGUAACCUGCUACAACAGAUCUGUGUGAGCAAUGUUUAUAUAUCCUCUAUAAUGAUGUGUCAUUUUUCUUAAGCUAAUUACUAACUUUGUCUAUUUAUGUUUUGUGUAUUGCAUUAUUUUCCUAUGGGGCCAGGAAAGUUCCGGUUAGUCCGUUUUUAAUGCAGGUGUUUUCCUGAGAAACGGCUCAAAUCCUUGAGGAUCAUCAUCCAACGGCACCAAGCAUGACACAAUCAUUAUACCGUGCCACUCAGGAAAAAGAAAGAGAAAGAAAUCUGAACUAAUCUUUAGCUGCUACCGUUUUCUACGUGUGGCUCCGACGUCUUGCCAGUUUUCUUUUCCUUCCAUAUAAGAACUCUUGAUAGUGUUGAGCUGUGUAGCAGCUUGGGUCAAUCGCGGUAGGACAGUGAAUAGUUAAAUUUUCAAUUAAAUUCUAUUUAUAUAGCAUCUAUUAGGAUGGGGUCUAACAAACAUGUGGUUGAUUUAGCUCUAUUACGAGUGAGGUCAGCUCAGGGAGGUCUACAGGAACAAAACAGUCUAGAGUCAAGUCAGAGCCUAGGGAAGUCGCUAAAGCUGAAGAAACACCCACCACCGGCUGGUUGAUUUCUUCUCUAAUUCUCGUGAUUUUACUGUUAAAGAAGCUCAUAAAGUCUUCACUACUGAGAGCUGCAGGAAUGCACGGCUCCACAGAGUUGUGAUGCUUUGUCAGCCUGGCUACAGCACUGAACAGAAAACGUGGGUUACUUUUGUUAUCCUCUAUCAACGAUGAAUAAUAAGCUGUUCUGGCUUUGCGAAUGGCUUUUUUAUAUACAGUACUAUUAGAAUAUCUUAGUUGUGGUGUGUCUGUUUGCUGAUCUGUGACAUUGGUUCAGACAACUCUGACAGCAAAGUGCCGACUCAACUCUGCCUUAGACUUCCAUCACAACUCCCCAACAGAUCGGACUACAGACCGGACAGCCCGGAAGUCGUGCCUGUUUACUUCAGUGUCUCCUUGAUAGUUUCAUAUCAGAACUUCAGCCUGUCAGUGAAACCUGGCGAAGCAGUGCCGUCUUGCCGUUACUCUGCCUUAUUUUCACCUCUGCAUUUCUUUACCUGCUGUCACUCAAAGACUGAAUAAGAUUUCCUUUUUUUUUUGUAGUCAUCAAACUAAAACACAAUAUGUGGGACUGGAUAUGUACUGGGAACUGGCUGUGUAACAUGUACAUGUUAGGGGUGCAGAGUGGGAUGAUCCCCUGAUUAGACUGAAUCAGUGGCGGCUGGUCAGUAGAGGGCGCUAAGGCGCUGCCCCAUCAAAUUUAGAGAAGAAGAAGAAAAAAUUAAAUAAAAAACAUGUAAGAUGCAUUUAAUUAUUAAAAGAAAGUGUUGUUUCAGUCUGUGGGUGACUGUCAAUAGUAACUCAAUGUUGUUUAAAUAUUUAUUUGGUUCCAAAAUGUUUUUUAUUUUAUUUUAUUUACUUCCGGAAGUAAGAGGUGCCGGUCAAACAGAAUCCAAUGUAAACUCUCCAACAUUUGAUAAUCACCUGACCUGAGGAUCUCUUUUAAUUGGUUGGAAUUAGAUUCGUAAAGGGCCAUGCAGGAGAAAAAAUAUUUGAGAGUGGAAGAUUUUUUUUUUAUUGUGCACUUCGAGAAAAAAGUCAAAAUGUCACCUUUUUUCUCAAUAUUUCAACAUUAAUCUCGACAUUUCAACUUUUUUCUCGAAAUUGUAUUUCAACAUUAAUAUCGACAUUUCGACUUUUUUCUCGACAUUUCGACUUUUUUUCUCGAAGUGUAUAAUGAAAAAAAAAAUCUUCCUCCUCUAAAAUACUAUUUUUAUUUUCCUCCUGCCUGGCGCUAAUACUCUUCCAUAGUACCGUGACGUACUCGUGUUGUUUUUUUUAAUCUAAGGUGAUUGGACAAUUCAUUCCCCGUCUUUUUUAGAAAAUCAAACUUAACUAGACAAACCAGAUUUUUGUGUUUGUUUUAAUUUGGUUAAAUAACACUUGCUUUUGAAAUAAUAUUUGUUGAUUUUGUAUAUUAUCAAAUAUCUGAAAGAAAGGACCGUUAUCUUUUCAAAUAAUAUGAAUUCCAGACAAAACAAUGGAAAUGUUAAUGUUUUUCUUCUCUCUAAUGUGCAAAAUAAACUGAACCAAAAUCAGGAAAAGAAAAAAACAAUACAAAAUAACAGUGAACUUGUUGAAAUGUUAAACCCCUACUUUAUGUUCAGUUUUCUGUUUCCACUGCAGCAGAACUGAACUGCUUCACUAAAACUUAUGACCAAUAAGUCAUUGUUGGAUGGUUACAUUUUUCAAAAUUAAAGGACCAGAAUAUUAGUUUCUACCUUUUUUUUCCCCCAUUGUACCAAGCUUGUACUUAACAGUGACUUCUGUGUACCGUUACUACGGAAGAGUAUUAGGGCCAGGGAGGAGAAAAAUAAAAAAAAUAUAUAUAUUUUAGAGGAGGAAGAUUUUUUUUUCUUAUGCACUUCGAAAAAAAGUCAAAAUGUCGAAAAAAAGUUGAAAUGUCGAGAUUAAUGUUGAAGUACAAUUUCGAGAAAGUCGGAAUAUUGAGAAAAAAGGUAACAACAAGGUUCAGAAUAUAAGAAUUGGCUUUACAAUAUUGAUGCAAAACACAUAUCACACAUAUGCAGUUGCAUAACUUCAGAAACGUCCCCUUAACGUUCCACUCCAAGGAUGUGAGUGAGUGAGUGAGUGAGUGAGUGAGUGAGUGAGUGAGUGAGUGAGUGAGUGAGUGAGUGAGUGAGUGCGUUCGUUCGUUCGUUCGUUCGUUCGUUCAACUUUAUUCACAAAAUUUUGACUUUUUUCUUGAAAUUGUAUUUCAACAUUAAUCUCGACAUUUUGACUUAUUUUUUCUCCUGCAUGGCCCUAAUACUCUUCUGUACCGUUACACCCCUAUGUAUGCCAAGGUAAACUGCGCCCCCCCCAAAAUUGUUAGCACCAGCCACCACUGGACUGAAUCCCCCCAGACGUGACCCUGGGCUCAGACUGAAUGUGUCCUCCGUCACCGUACUCAGCCUUCAGCGAUAACCACGGCUCUGAGGAUCAUCAUUUUAUACGCUGUCAUCAAUUAUCCCUAUGUCCUUCCCUUUCAUGAUGAGGAGGCUGCUUCAUCAACCCACCGAGGACCAACGCUGUGUCACACCUUUGCUCCAUGGACAGUAAUAAACUGUUUUUACUUCACUGGUUUGGAUUCUAAAUCUAUAUUUUAAGAACUACGUGGCAUCAGGUGGACCUGAUCUGCUGUAUUCUGCAGAGAUGCCUGGGAAAUACUCGCUGAUGCAGCUUAAAUCUGAUCACUGAAGAUGCUACAUCUCUCUGGAUCGUAACAAUAACUGCACAAUUAUUUUGGCCAAAUACCUUCCCCUUGUAAUAGUGCGUGUGCACGUAGGCUAGAGCUGACAUUCAGUGACAGGUUACCUUUGUGCAGGGUCUGAAAGCUUGUUGGAGAACCUGUACUCGUCUCUUUAAGCCUGCGGGGGGAUGUGCAGAUGCUUUUUUGCCGUGUUUUUUACGACGCGUGAAACACCUGAAUGAUGUUCUUCAGAGCUCAUGCCCCGACAUGUGACUGUAUUUGCAUGUAGACCUAUUCUGUUCGUCUCUCUUUUGUCUGCGCUGCGCGUGUUAAUACCUGCAAAUAAACGAGAGGUCAUUUGCCUGAA